AUGAAUAAUACAGGUAAUCGUCUCGAUUUAAACAUGAAUAAUACAGGUAAUCGUCUCGACAUGGAUGGUUCAAGGACUCCAGUAACACGUGGUAAAGCAAAAAAGAAUAGCAUUAAUGCUUACCUGAUAAUAAUAAUCAUGCUUUCGUUAUUAUCAGCUUUCUUAGUCCAACAUUCUAUGAAUUUAAACAAACAACUUCAACAACAAACAACCAAGACAAAUGACUUUGCAUACGAGCUUUUAACACUAUUGAUCUCGAAACACACCAACGACAUAUCAGGUAACGAUAACAAUGUUCAUAGUGGCAGUGGGGAUAUUAAUAUACAAAAUAUGAUAGAUGAAAUUGCAAAUGAAAACACGAGAAAGAUUUUACUGGAUGCAAUAAACAGUGGUAAUUUAUCUGGGUUAAAAGCAGCAAUUUCAAAAGCCAAUGGUCAAGUUAAACACACUGUCGAUAAGGCUGUUCAUCAAGUUGGAAAUGUUGCUAAUAAAGCAGGAAAACAAUUAGAAAAAGAAAAAUGUGAAGAGUUUAUAUUAUUUGUUAUUAAUGAAUUACCAAAAUUAAAAUACUUAAUUGGUGCAUCAACACCAAUUCCAACUCCAUUAAAUACUAGUAGUAAUAAUAUUGGUGGUAAUACUACUACAAAAAGAGAAAAUCAUCAAUCAGCUUCAUCUUCACCUUCAUCUUCAUCAUUAUCAAUAUCAUCAUCAUCACAACAACAACAACAUAAUAGUAACAAUCAUCCAAAAUCGUUUGAUGAAGCACCUGAAGUAUUAUCACCAUUUGAUAUUUUAGAAUUAAAAGUUAAUGCAGAGAAUUCUUUAUCUUCAUCACAAGAUUUAAAUCAACACAAUGUAACAACGGCUAGUCAAAUUUUACAAGAAAUUAAACCAACUAAAGAAUUAACUAAACAAGAAACUGAAGCAUGCAAUUCCAGAGGAACCAAUUGA